ACUGUUCUUUGUUUUCCUUUACCCGAUAAUCACUUUCAGGUGAUCUUACUUUCAAGUUCAUGGUCGGAAUUUACGGUUGUGAUUUCAAUAUCUGCCGGAAUUAUCAGAAUUUUGAAGUAGUAGCUUAGGUUUUCCGGCGGUGAACAUCGUCGAAAUUUUCCUUUAAUAUUUUAUUUCUAUAUCGUUUUACGUACCGGAGUAGUAAGAUCGUUGGAAGGUUUUAAAAUUCAUAGAAAUCGCUUAAACCAAAGCGUAUUUAGAGAUCCCAGACGAUCUUUCAAGCCUCUUUUAUUUUUUUGGGUCUGAGUGUGAAAGGAAAUAUCUUCGUCUCAUCUUCUCUACGAAGUUCAAAUCUGUCUUUUUCUAGUCAAGUGAACUGAGGCACCGUUCUUGUCACGAAACUCCUAACUGUCAAUGCGCGUGCUCUGCUUGUUUCAAUUUCACUGGUGUUCGAUCCACCGGCGUCAUUAGGUCAAGGAAGAUUACUUGCAUUUUAUUCGAAUCAUCAGAUAAAUGCUCGUCAUUUACUAGAUUUUCUGGAGAAGAUAAGAUCGAAAAUCAACUCCGGCGGGCGGCGACAGAUGCAGAAAGAGAAAGUUUGUGUUUCUGUAAAAGAAGUGAAAGAGAAAUGUCAAGCAUUUGUGGCAAAAAAGUAAGCUUAAGGAGACGCGCUGUGGGUUAUUUAUUUCGGUGUCGCGAUAUUUAAUGCUAAAACCGCCGCUUUAGUAGGACCUUCCGGAGGAGCCGCUCCUCUUACAGAUAAAUAUGCUGAGAGAGAGCUAUUUUAACUUUUAUGAAUGCUUUAGGACCAAGGUGAACGGGCUGUCUUUUGUUCUCUGUUGUGUCGUAAAAGGAGAAGGUUUACGCUUUUAGACUAAUAAAAGGAGUGGAGACUGUAGAUUGGUUCACUUAGUUGAUGAUAUGUGCUAAUGUACGGUUGCCCAAAAUGAUGCAAGAAGCUUAUGUAAUUUAAGGACAGCCACCCUACUUUUGUAGACCAUGAAACUUGAUAAUGAGCCCAUGCGUGGUCAUUCAACACUUUUGUUUAAGCCUGUUUGCAAAUCUCUUAUCAAUCCAUUGGAGAUGGGGGAGUUGGAAUCGGAAAAUGAGAUCUUGACUGAAGACAACCAUAGAACGACAUCUGGUAUGAAGAGCCAAAACUGUGAGAAGGCAGAUUCAUUAGUGACCGAGGAACACACAGAGGACAGAGUGGGAAACAUACCAAAAUUACUCAAUUUCGUUGACAGGGAUGAUAAAAUAAAUAAGAGAGGAAACAGGAUGGAAGACUGUGUGCCACCCAGUACAAUUCCUUCAACUGAAGUGGAAUUGUCUGAGAAAGGAGAAUGUUAUACUGACAAGAAUGUUAUGGACUGCGUAGUGCCAGAGCAAAUUGCAUGUUUCAAGGUGGAUGAUUGUCAUCUGGUCAAGGACAUCUGUGUUGAUGAGGAAGCUUCUUUCCUGGACAAGGUUUUGGUAGACCAUGGUGAAGUGGAUCUUAAACGCAGCUUUCAGCCUUCUUGUUUGGAUUUUACUGAUGUAGGUAGAAAAUCAGUCGACUCCCCAUUAAUCAUUUCAGAUGGGAUGAAAUUUUCGGUUGGAGACUAUCACAAUACGGAUAUUUCCGGUCAAUGUGGUUCUCAGAACUUGUCACACAAAAGUGAUGAAAAUAUUCACCCAAAAGAUGAUAUUACACACAAUCAAAUUAGUUCAUUGGAUGAACAUAUCCGUGAAGAGAAUGUGGAAAUCCAAUUUUGUUCUAAGAAUCAAUUGCAAAAAGGAGAGGCAAAUAUUGAGGCCAAAGAUGGGAUCCCACACAACAUCCCUGAUGAGAGGGUAGUACCUGAAAAUUUGCGUUUGUUUCAUAAUUGGGAGAAAGACAACUGCCACCCCGAUUCAUACCCAUUUAAGAGUGAUAAAUGCCAGCAACAAUCUGAGCAAGAACAGCUCUGCAGUGUUGAGAGUUUGUUGCAGAAGAGUGAAGGAAAGAUUGAUGCAAAUGAGGAUAUUACCAAAGGCGUCUUUGAUGAGGUUCUUCCUCUAAAUGUGCUUUUGUUGCAAAAGCCUGAAAUUGAGAAGACUCUCCCUGCGUCAUCCAAUUUUAACGGCAGUAAAGAUGAACAGCAAUCUGAGCAGGAUACAAGCAACAAUCUCAUCACAUCGUACUCUGCUGUGUGUUCUGUGGCUGAAGAACCCAGUAACAGAAACUGUGCCGACAAGCCUCCCUUUGAUACUAAGGUGGAGAGGGAAAGCAUCACUUUUAAUUUUGACUCUCCAACAAUGAGCAGUAAAGAGGAGAACCUUCAUGAUGAUUAUGGCCAACAACAACUUCAGACUCUACCUGGGGGACUUGAAGAUGGAACAGUGGAUAGACUAUCAACUUCAAGCCGUAGCAUUUUUAUUCAAGAUGGUCACGGAGAGUCAAGUUUCUCUGCAGUGGGUCCUUUUUCAGGUCCAAUUUCAUACUCAGACCCAAUAUCACACUCAGGGCCAGUACCAUAUUCCGGUAGCAUCUCUCUCCGUUCAGAUAGCAGCACAACCAGCACCCGUUCCUUUGCCUUCCCCAUACUACAUUCAGAAUUAAAUGGCAGCCCUGUUAAAAUGGCAAAAGCUGAUCAGAGACAUUCGCGAAAGCGCCGGGGUUGGAGGCUGAAUCGUCUUUGCUGUAGAUUCUGAUUUGUCUUCAUCCACUUAGUUAAGCUCAUAUAUACAUCAUCUAAAUAGUACUCAUAAUAUUUUCUUCCUUUAUAUCCAGGCUUGGUGUGUUUAUGCAGUGGGUUCAAAUUAUACUCUUUCGAGUUGUAGAAUGUAAGUGUGAAAAAUGAGAUGUAAGCAAUAUUUAUUGAUAUCAUUGUCAUAGUCAUCAUAUAUAUAUCAAAGUAAUUUUUUUAUCAA